AUGGACUUCACAAACGGGCCCGCCAUGCCCCUCCCCACAGGGAACAACAACAACAACGCCGACUCCUCCUCAGGCCCCGGCCUCGGCGGCUCCUCGAGCUCCGGCCCAGGCGACAACACCACCAACUCCCCCGCGGAGCUUCAGCCCGACCAGACGGGCCGUGUCGUCGGCGUCGUUCUCACUGCAGUUUUUGCUGUUUUGAUAUUCGGCGGCUUCGCGACGUGGUUCGUCCUCCGCGUGCGUCGUCGGCGGUCGCGCUUACGCUCCGUCAAGUUCUCAGCUAUGAGUCUGGAUGGAACGGGAGCUGGCACGGGAACGGGGGCUGCGAUGGGUGCGGAGAGCGCGUUGGAGGAGGCGCGUAUUGCGGGGCUGACACGGCCAGCACCACCAGGGCAGAACCACGCACCGCAGCACUCAUGGGACUUUGUCGACGCGAAUCCAGACUCAGAGAUGAAGGCUAAACUCUCGAAACCCCCUCCGUCACGCGACAGCGAGCGUCUCCGAUUAUCGCUCACCCAGCCUCAGCAGGCACCCUCGCAGCACUCGCAUACCUCCGAGUCUAAGACAAAACACGACGAGGAAGACGACGAUGCCCGCUCAGAUCUAAGCGCACCACCAGGCGUUGAGCCGCCCGCUUAUUCGCAUCGGCUUGCGGAUGAUACUCAUCCGCAGCAUGCGGGAGAAGAGGAAGGACGGAAGGACGUCUCAUAA